GCAGUGACGGGGCGGGAGGGGCGGAGCGGCGCGAAGAUGGCGGCGGUGCCGCCGCGUCGCUCCCAGCACCACCAUCACCACCACCACCCGCCGCCGCCGCCCGGGCCAGCCUCGCCGCCGCCCGCCGCCGCCUCGCCGCCGCGCAGCCCCAGCCUGGCGCCGGCCGCGCAGCGCCACAGCCUGGCCGGCCCCGAGGGCGAGGCGCCCCCCGACGCGGACCGGCCUCCGGCCGCGGAGUGCUCGGAGGGCGCGGGCGCCGCCGUGCCGGGCCCGCCGCCGGGCUCGGGCAGUAGUUCCAGCGGCUCCUCCUCGUCCUCCUCCUCCUCGUCCGCGUCGUCGUCGGCGGCGUCGAGCCCGGCGGCGGAGAGCCCCGAGGCGGCGGGCCCGGGCGCGGCGAGCGGCGCGUUCCGCGAGCUGCUGGAGGCCUGCAGGAAUGGGGACGUGACGCGCGUGAAGCGCCUGGUGGACACGGGCAACGUGAACGCCAAGGACAUGGCCGGGCGCAAGUCCACGCCGCUCCACUUCGCCGCCGGUUUUGGAAGGAAGGAUGUUGUAGAGCACUUGCUACAGACAGGAGCCAAUGUUCACGCUCGUGACGAUGGAGGGCUGAUCCCCCUUCACAACGCCUGCUCCUUUGGUCAUGCAGAAGUGGUCAGUCUGUUACUGUGUCAAGGGGCCGACCCAAAUGCCAGAGACAAUUGGAACUACACUCCUUUGCAUGAAGCUGCUAUCAAGGGGAAGAUAGAUGUGUGCAUUGUGCUGCUGCAGCACGGAGCUGAUCCAAACAUUCGGAACACCGAUGGGAAAUCUGCGCUGGAUCUGGCAGACCCUUCAGCAAAAGCUGUACUCACGGGAUUAGUUGGCUCUAUAGAGCCGUUCAUGAUGGGUAUAUACUGUGAUGCAGAAAGCACAGAGGAAUCCCAGGAAGAGAACAGAGACCAGUCUAUUUGCAGAGGAGGUGAAUACAAGAAGGACGAACUCCUGGAAGCUGCUAGGAGUGGUAAUGAAGAGAAACUGAUGGCUUUACUGACUCCUUUAAAUGUGAACUGCCAUGCAAGUGAUGGGCGUAAGUCCACUCCUUUACACCUAGCAGCAGGCUACAACAGAGUGCGGAUAGUCCAGCUUCUGCUUCAGCAUGGUGCCGAUGUGCAUGCAAAGGACAAAGGUGGUCUUGUGCCUCUUCAUAAUGCAUGUUCAUAUGGACACUAUGAGGUUACAGAGCUGCUGCUUAAGCAUGGUGCCUGUGUGAAUGCUAUGGACCUCUGGCAGUUUACCCCCCUGCACGAGGCUGCUUCCAAGAACCGCGUGGAGGUCUGCUCCCUCCUGCUGAGCCACGGGGCAGAUCCCACGCUGGUCAACUGCCACGGCAAGAGCGCCGUCGAUAUGGCUCCGACGCCUGAGCUCAGGGAGAGACUGACCUAUGAAUUCAAAGGACACUCUUUACUGCAAGCAGCCAGAGAGGCAGACCUAGCCAAAGUGAAAAAGACACUUGCUUUGGAGAUCAUUAAUUUUAAGCAGCCACAGUCUCAUGAGACUGCACUGCACUGUGCUGUGGCUGCUGUGCAUCCCAAGCGGAAGCAAGUUACAGAACUAUUGCUCAGGAAAGGAGCAAAUGUUAAUGAGAAAAACAAAGACUUCAUGACACCUUUACAUGUUGCAGCUGAAAAAGCUCAUAAUGAUGUCAUGGAAGUUCUGCAUAAACAUGGAGCAAAGAUGAAUGCACUGGACACACUUGGUCAAACAGCGUUGCACAGGGCUGCAUUAGCAGGUCACUUGCAAACCUGCCGGCUGUUGCUGAGUUACGGCUCUGAUCCUUCCAUCAUCUCUUUACAAGGCUUCACAGCAGCACAGAUGGGAAAUGAAGCAGUGCAACAGAUUCUAAGUGAAAGUACACCUGUGCGCACAUCAGAUGUGGAUUAUCGGUUGUUAGAAGCAUCUAAAGCUGGAGACUUGGAAACUGUGAAGCAACUUUGCAGCCCUCAGAAUGUGAAUUGUAGAGAUCUGGAAGGCCGUCAUUCAACGCCACUGCAUUUUGCUGCAGGAUAUAACCGCGUAUCAGUGGUGGAGUAUCUGUUGCACCAUGGAGCAGAUGUGCAUGCCAAAGAUAAAGGUGGCUUGGUACCCCUGCACAACGCCUGUUCUUAUGGACACUACGAAGUGGCUGAACUCUUAGUGAGGCACGGUGCUUCCGUCAACGUGGCCGACCUGUGGAAAUUCACUCCUCUACAUGAAGCAGCAGCAAAAGGAAAAUAUGAAAUCUGCAAACUGCUUUUAAAACAUGGAGCUGAUCCAACAAAAAAGAAUCGAGAUGGGAACACUCCUCUAGAUUUGGUGAAAGAAGGGGACACAGAUAUCCAGGACUUACUGCGAGGAGACGCUGCCUUGCUAGAUGCUGCCAAGAAGGGGUGCCUGGCACGAGUGCAGAAGUUAUGUACUCAAGAAAAUAUCAAUUGCAGAGACACCCAGGGAAGAAAUUCAACACCGCUACACCUUGCAGCUGGUUACAACAAUUUGGAAGUAGCUGAAUACCUUCUUGAGCAUGGUGCUGAUGUUAAUGCCCAGGACAAAGGAGGAUUAAUCCCCCUACAUAACGCAGCAUCCUACGGGCAUGUGGAUAUAGCAGCACUGUUGAUCAAAUACAAUACAUGUGUAAAUGCAACAGAUAAAUGGGCAUUCACACCACUGCAUGAAGCUGCACAAAAAGGAAGGACACAGCUCUGUGCUCUGCUGUUAGCUCAUGGAGCAGAUCCAACCAUGAAGAAUCAAGAGGGUCAGACACCACUAGACCUGGCAACAGCUGACGAUAUCCGAGCUUUGCUGAUAGAUGCGAUGCCUCCAGAAGCUUUGCCUACAUGCUUCAAGCCUCAAGCUACUGUUGUUAGUGCCUCUGUGAUCUCGCCAGCAUCCACACCGUCCUGCCUCUCUGCUGCCAGCAGUAUAGAUAACCUCACUGGGCCACUGGCAGAACUAGCUGUAGGAGGGGCAUCAAACGCUGGUGAUGGAGCAGCAGGAACUGACAGGAAGGAAGGAGAAGUUUCUGGUCUUGACAUGAACAUUACCCAGUUCCUAAAAAGCCUCGGUCUUGAACACCUUCGGGAUAUCUUUGAGACAGAACAGAUAACCCUGGAUGUGUUGGCAGACAUGGGGCAUGAGGAGCUUAAAGAAAUUGGGAUCAAUGCAUAUGGACACCGCCACAAAUUAAUAAAAGGUGUGGAGAGACUUCUAGGAGGGCAGCAAGGCACUAAUCCUUAUUUGACUUUCCACUGUGUGAGUCAGGGGACCAUUCUCCUUGACCUUGCUCCUGACGAUAAGGAGUAUCAGUCCGUAGAAGAGGAGAUGCAAAGUACAAUCCGGGAGCAUCGAGAUGGUGGAAAUGCUGGUGGUAUCUUCAACAGAUACAAUGUCAUCAGGAUUCAAAAGGUAGUGAACAAGAAGUUGCGGGAGAGAUUCUGUCACAGACAGAAAGAGGUCUCAGAGGAGAAUCAUAAUCAUCACAACGAACGCAUGUUGUUUCACGGGUCUCCUUUUAUUAAUGCUAUCAUUCACAAAGGAUUUGAUGAAAGGCAUGCAUACAUUGGAGGAAUGUUUGGAGCUGGAAUUUACUUUGCUGAGAACUCCUCAAAAAGCAACCAAUAUGUGUACGGAAUAGGGGGAGGAACAGGCUGUCCCACACACAAAGACAGGUCCUGUUAUAUCUGUCACAGACAAAUGCUGUUCUGUAGAGUGACCCUUGGAAAAUCCUUUCUUCAGUUCAGCACAAUGAAAAUGGCUCAUGCCCCUCCAGGGCACCAUUCUGUUAUCGGCAGACCAAGCGUGAAUGGACUUGCGUAUGCUGAAUACGUUAUCUAUAGGGGAGAACAGGCAUAUCCAGAAUAUCUCAUUACAUACCAGAUUGUGAAACCAGAAGCUCCCUCACAGACAGCAACAGCAGCAGAGCAAAAGACUUAGUAGCUUCAGAGCAGUGAAGAAGGAUGUGGCUUCAAUCUUGGACUGGAUGGAUACAUGUUUCAGAAAAUCAGUAUCAUAAAGUUCUUAACAACCUGGAAAUAAGCUGUAUGUUUUUUAUAAAGCAUUGCUGUCUUGAUGAAUAUGAUAUGAGUAACUCUUGCAUACUCAAUUGCUACUGUUCCUGUUGAGGAAAGUUUACAAGGGACUGCCUUUUAAUAACAUAUCUCAGGCUCCUAGUCUCUGCAGUUACCGUGUAUAAAAUAAUAUUGUUUUGAUCUAGACCUUGGGAACAUUAUCGUACAAAUGGAAAUCUUUACUGGUGCCAUCUCACAUGUUAAAAUUUCAGACACUACUAUUCUAGUUAUUUUAUUUGCAGAUAAAUUGCAUUAAGCCCAUCAUUUUCUUUUCAGCAUACGUCAUUCAUUUUCUGUUGUCAAGAGAUCCUAUUUAUUCUUCUUUUGUAUUCUGAAGUUGAGCCGGAACCUUCUUGAAGAUAUUUUGCACAAAAGUCGAAUUGACUAAAAUCAUUAACAAUGCAAUAUAAAUUUCAUCUGAGGAGGGGCUAGGUCAAGUUCUUCAAUAUAGGGGUUUUUUGCACACCUCUGAGCAAACAAUAAUAUGAGUGAGUGUAACUUUAGAGUGGAGACAAAUCAUGAUAGUUCUCUGCUUUGUCUGUGUGAGUUUUCUGGGGGAAGCCAGAAAGUGUUUGCAAGGGUAAAACCAGCUCUUGUGCGUGGAGGAACAUCAUAAAACAGGUCCAUGUCCUCUGCUGGCAUCCCUAAAAGAACAUUUUAUAAGGCUCCUAUUAAGUACAUGCAGCUUGUGAACUGUUCUCCAGUUACAGCGGCGUAUGGGUUUCUGGGAGAUAGCAGGUGAACAGUCAGAUUUCAUACACAAGGGCAUAUCUAGUUCAUGUUCCUCUGUAAUAUAAGACCCAGUAAAUGGGUUUCAGGCUGGUAAGGGAGAGUGUGUUAUAGCAGUUUCAUGUCACAUCUUUGCGUGUGACAUCACAGUUGAAGAGCUUAAGGGAUUUACAAAAGUAAUAAUUAUUUUAGAUAUCCAUUUUACAUUUUGAUGAGAACGAAAAUUUAAAAUAUCAGUUGGCAAGUGGAUUUGUUUGCAGGUGUACCAGAGAACAAAGCUAGGAUUUAUUCACUUAAUUCCCUUCUUCCCAAGUUCCCAGGUUUACUUUACAGGGUAGGAGAAAAUUAUUUUUAAGCGUUGUGUAGCACAGAAUCAAACAGUUUCAAAAGUCCCCUUCAUGAUGGACGUGCACUUAACAAAAGUAGCAAGCAAUUUCUUUUUUUGUGGUGUUUUACAGUUUCAGAGAAGGUUGAAAAUCGAGACCUGUUAAUUUUUUUCCUAACAGCCAAUACCAGGACAUGUGCUUCAGUGUUGACCAUGUAACAACUGGAGAAAAAAAUGUUCCUUUGAACACAACAUGCUGUAUAUUUCCCUGUCAACCAGCACUGUUUAGUAUCUGAUGAUCCAGUUCAUGCACUCAGGUUUUAUCCCCCUUAAGGCAAGAAAACGACAGAAUAGUAUGCUUUUAAUUUAUAAAAAUAUAUGUGCUACUCACAAGUGGGAUUUUGCUGACACGUUUGGAUAAAAUAAAGCUGAAGAGCUUUUCACUUUCAACAUUAGGACACAACAUUUUUAUUUUUAACAUUAAGGCAUUAAUGCUGAAGCAAGUUAUCUUCAUAAGGAAUUUCACCCACUGUAAAAUCAGUCACUUGAUGCAAUAUGUCUACCUGAACAUCAUCCGCUUGUAGUAUCUCUAAAGAAAACCUUAGAAAUAGCAAUACUCCAACAGAUCUUGAACUUUGAGUUUUAUUUUUCUUGAGCUGGCAGUGGAUAUAUGGUUCUCACUUCAUUUUGUGACCUGAUUAAAUAUGUAGCUUUAAAGUCCCAGCCAGGCUCUAGCCUAGUUGUCCUUUUAAACAAAUUUCAGUGAUAAAAUCGGGUGCUUGUAUUUUGGCUACUUGUUUCAUAGUGUUAGGAUUGCAGAGAUCACCACUAGGCUUUGAAGCUUUGUAAUCACCAUUAAAGUUUGGGGUUUGUUUUUAAUUUAGUUAAUAAUGGAAUGAGGGAAUGUGCCUAUCUACACUAGGAUUUCUGAUAGCGGCCAGAACGAGUAUUGCUCACUAUCCCCAGUUAGACAUAGUUUUAAAUGGUGAAACAGCUGUGCUGCUUAGGUGAGCAGAAUGGAUAAUCUGGGUAUGGAAGUUAAAAGCUUUACAUCUUUCAAAAACAAAUCUAAAAUCUAAAAACGAAAAGCCCCGCCAAGCCCGCACCGGAUGCUGUUCUUGCUUGUUGUUUCCUGUGUGCUGAUUGAACUAAUGGUUAGUCUGGAUUUCUUCUGCAGCCUUGAACUUCUAGAGGAUAAAAAUAGCCUAGAGAAGAGGAGACUAAGGGGAGACCUCAUUGGUGUCUUCAGCAUCCUCAUGAGGGAAAGCAUAGGAGCAGGUACCUAUCCCUUCACUCUUGUGACCAGUGACAGAACUCAAGGAAAAGGCAUGAAGCUGAGUUGGGGGAGGUUUAGGUUGGAUAUUAGGAAAUGGUUCUUCACCCAGAGGGUGAUUGGGCACUGAACAGGCUCCCCAGGGAAGUGGUCACAGCACCAAGCCUGACAGAGUUCAAGAAGCGUUUGAGCAACGCUCUCAGGCAUUGUGGUGUGACUCUUGGAGUGUCCAGGAGCUGGACUCGAUGAUCCUGAUGAGUCCCUUCCAACUCAGCAUGUUCUGUGAUUCUCUGAUUCUGCUUUCCAGUAUCUUUGAACAGCCAGUGUUAACGUAUCUGAUGUUCUGUGCAGAGUAAAGGUGCUGUGCGAGGAAAUAAUUUUGCAGUGGUUUUUGUCUUGUAAUGACGUGAUCUCAUAUCUGUUUGUGGCCAGACAUAGAGGAAUACCCAGGCCUGAUGAUGCGUCUGUGUGUCGUAGAAACCUGUGCAGGAGUAGCGUAUGUUGUUGUAGCUCCUCUUACAGUUUCAAACAAAGUGAGGAUCUGCCCAUCAAUAUCAAAGUUACCCAUGAAAAACCUGGUUGUGGUUUUGGUGGUAGAGCUGUAUUUGGCAGAUUGUUAAUGGUACAGAUGCUGCUGCUUUAGCUGGGGGUGUUAACUUCAAUGGGACCUUAAAAUGCCAUGCCCCCAUAACCAGGCAGCUGCUGCCUCCUGAGAAAUUAAGCUUUUGACCUCCUGAGAAGUGCAGUUCCCUGAUAAUGGGAUGCUUAAGUGCAGCAUUGAGUCACAAGUGGAGGCACAGUAGGAGCUAAGGCUGUAGGAACACUCUGGGCUAAGCCAUCUCAUAGGCUGGGGAGCCUGGGCACCCCUCAUGGGCUCUAGAAAGAGCUAUUCCCAUUGGGACAGACCACAGUGUGUGCUGGGGAAAGGGGCAAUUUGUCUCUCAGGCCUGUUGAUUUUUGUCAGUGUCCCUUUGAGGCAGCAUUUUGAAACUUCUAUGCAGUUUGAGGACUUUAAUAGGCAAAACUGAAAGAAACUUCACCACAUAACAAACAAGGGAGGAUUCUGCCCUCCAUUGCCGAAACUGUUUCUGUGAGACUGAUGAAUUAGAUAUCUGGUGCAGAGCGACAUUGUAAUAUGAAUGCUGUCAGCAAAACUUCUGUUAGGUUUAAAAGCAGAGUACAGUACCUUAAUAAGGUAUAUUUUAUUUUCCAGUCCUUAUUUUUACCAACCAAUCGUGUUUGAUCCCAGCUCCACAGAGACUGUUACAAACCCCUUGUACUAGUUCCACCAUGUUGCAGUCACUAUUGGUCUGCAGUCCAAGGAAUAAGCAAUGGUUUUCUAACUUCUGUUUUGAGUAUUUGCAUGUGAUGCAAUUGAAUCCCACUGCAUUAAAUAGCAGGAAUUUAUUUUGCCUGCAAACUUACACUUUGCUUGUUGGUAACCAGAGUACCCCAAAAUUCUACACUGAAGCAAAAAGAAAGCCCCACAAAAUGUUGUGCACUGCUGGCUUCGGUGGGCAGCAGGCACAGAAAAGGAAUGUGGUAUAUGGGACAGAGCAGCUUCUGGAGAAGGACACUUUCUUGGCUCUGGAAAGCAGCUGCUCCUAGUGUUUGUUGUAGGUUACAGGAGGCGUCUGCUCUCUGUGAACGCCUGAAGUGCUGAGGGAUGCUAAUGUGUGCCACUGCAUGGCCUCUGGGAACUACUUAACAGUGGCAAAUCUCAAAAAAGACUCCUGCAUCCCUGCAGUGACAUCAGAGUUCCUGCACAGUUUAGGCACUGCUUAGAAUUUCCAUAUGGGACUGUUAACAGAAAUUGCCCAGAAGAGGUUUUUACAAGACGGGUAAAAGGAAGGGUUCAGCCACAAAACAGAUUAGUUUGAACAUCGCUAAUCAUUCUCAGAAGCUGAAUGUCAGGAAAUGUGUGAAUUUAUUUUCAGUGGGAUUCCUCUGUUUCCAUGCUGCUUUGCCACAGAAAAUCUAGCUCAGAAAUCUAAAAGGAGAUGCAUCUAAGGCAUGCUUCAGUCAUGUUAAGGUAUUUUUGCAGUAUUUUAAGCUAUGCUGCAGCCCCAAUAGGGAAGACAUGGGAAAGCACAGAUUCAGUUCUUGCCUCAGGUAGGAAUUGGCUUGUGAACCUCCAAAGACUUGAAUCCAUAGUUCAGAGGUGGUGGCUUGGCACAGUCCCAGAGCAUGUUCUCCUGGUCUUUCAGAGAGCAUCAGGACACGUGCACAGAGGUGCAGUGGUGGUGUUCCCACCUGUCUUGAACACACAGGAGAUGCGAAACCCAGAGGAUCAGGGAACAGUGUAUGUGUGUUAAAAUCUCUGUAGCAACGUGAACGAGCCCAUGAAUCAGUAGGGGAUGUGAGAAGCAGAUGCCUUUCCUGUUGCGCUAACACAUGCCUGUCAGGUUGUAUUAUCUGACUGGUUUUGAUGUACUGGUCUUGCUGGACCUGUUGGUGGUGAGUUUUAGUGUUGGUCCCAUUAAUUACUAAUGUAGAGUAUUAGAGUCUCUGUAUCACAAGAUAAUUUUGACACUUUCUUAACAUCUGCAGAUGUUUCAGCUUUGGAAAUUGAAAUGGGGAUUUUCUGUGCUGCAGUCCCAUGAGCUUGUGCAUCGUCAUUCCUAAUUGCUUUCUCUGGCAACCCAAAUGGCAGUGUACCUGGGGGACUGAAUUUCUAGACCUUUUUUUGUAAAACUUGUUUUCAUAACUAGCCCUGUAUGUGUCCUCUCUUGGUUGCCAAUUACCUGAAGCUGGGAUAUCAUUUAUUUAUUUCCUCCUUUACCUUCUCUCUCAAAGUUGAAGACGAUGGGCAGGUUCUCAGCCUACCUACAUGGUGGACUUUAGGUAACAUCUCUGUAACAACUGAGUUUGAUCUAUAAAUGUGCUUGGCUAAAUGUCUGAUCUGCAAUACUUGUAAUAGUUUAAAAUUCAAUAAAUACAUUUUUAACAGUU